AGGUGGUCGAAAUUUCUCCAUCUGUCAAGCAAAGUUGAGUAGAAAAUAAAGUAAAUAAAAAGCAAAGAAAUGUACUUCCUGGACAUUCCCAAUGAAUUCUCAGACAAUUCCCCGGCGGCUUUUGAAUUGACUCUCGAUGACAAAUACCGGGAUUGUAGUAGAAUUUUCCAGAAAAAGUGCCGGGAUCUGCAGAAGGAGAAUGAGAGGCUCAUUGCACGUCUCUACCGGAUGAAGAAGAUGUCCAAAGCCUGCGAGAAGGAUGUCAAGUUGCUGCAGACACGCCUUGAUAGGCACAAUCCCGCGUGGCGUCUUGAGCCACCCCCACCGCCGCUUUUCCCGCAAUCUGAUCAAAUGAACCCCGAGAAGAAGCGCAGGAAAUCCGGAUUCCCAACAAAGGGAGACUUCGCGAAGGGCAUAAGGAAGCCCAAAGAGAAGGACCCAAAUGCCCCGAAGAAGCCCCCAAAUGCAUUCUUCCAGUACUGUCAGGAGCAGCGAUCAAUUGUCCUGGAUGAGAUUGCAAGUGAACGUCAACCGGGAGAUCCGGAGCCUAGCAAACAGGAGCUGACGCGGCAGCUGGCACAGCGAUGGAGGAGCAUGGGGAAUGACGAUAAGCAGAUUUACGUGGAUAUGUAUGAGAAUUCAAAGCGGAAGUACAACCAGGACAUGAUGUACUACAAGAUGGACACACACGGGGAGAAUUCAUCAAGUGGGGGGAAAUUAGGAUAAAAAAAAUUUUAUUUUAGUGAAACUGGAUGUAUUUUCUGAAAGAUCUUUGUGAGGUUAAUACAAAAAAAGCUUAAGAAGAAGAAGGAAAAAGUGAUGAAGUUUCCG